UUGGCCAUCUUAUACUUCUCCCUAGCGAUAAUUUCCCUCGGUUCCGGCUCCGGCUCCCUUUUGCCAUGCUCCCUGGCAUUCGGCGCAGACCAACUCCACAACAAAGACAACCCUAACGACAAGGCCUUGCAAGGCUUCUUCAACUGGUACUACGUUGGCAGCGGGUCGGCCACGCUGCUGGGACUCACCCUGCUCGUCUACGCUCAGGACGCCUACGGGUGGGAGAUAGGGCUCGGCGUCCCCGCUUUCCUCAUCCUGUUCUCCACGCUGCUAUUCCUGCUUCCUUCUUCGUCUUACGUGAAGCACGAGCCGGAGAGCAGCUUGCUCGUCGGGUGCUUUCGCGUUGUGGUGGCUGCGGUCAGGAAGGUUGCUGCUAGGGUCGAGAUUGAUGAUGAGUUUGUGAAUUUGGUUGGUGCUGAUGGUGGUGGCGGCCGGUUUUUCCAUGGUCGUGUUGGGUUCGACGAUGGCUUCGUUAUGAUGAGCUACCCAACUCAUAACUUUAGAGCUUGCUUCAUAGCCAAUCCAGAGACGGACAUAAACCCUGCAGACGGUUCAGCGACGGACCCUUGGAACCUCUGCACCAUGGAAGAAGUAGAAGCUGUGAAAUCAAUCCUUCGAGUAUUACCCAUCUGGUCAACUGGGAUCCUGUUCAAUGUCAGCGUAACUCAGUACUCUCUCAUCACGCUCCAAGCAGAAACUAUGAACCGACGCAUCUUCCCGAACUCGAGCUUUCAAAUCCCAUCUGGCUCCCUCAACAGCUUCAGUCUCUUUGAUCAGUUCAAAGCUAGACGUCACUGA